AUGCACGACCGAGAGCAGCAUGCCGCCCCGGCGUUCAACGGAGGGUUGAUGCCGGCGGCGGGUCAACGUACCGUACCGCUCCACGGGUCCUCCCAUUCGACCAGCAGACUCCUUGCGGGGUCCGUCUUGCGCACUUGGUUGGUCAUUAGAAUUAUGGGAAACAAAUGAUGCGAAUGCGAGUGCGAUUGCUGCUCAUGCCGCUCAUGAACGCUUCCAAAGGCAGAAGAUAGAUUUGGAUCGCUAG